UAUGAAAAGUAUACCACUUCAUCAACUAUUUCUACUUCCGAUCAUGAGAUCUUCCAUGUUCCUUACCAUUGCACUAGUCUUAACCUCUUUCUCUAAUCUUUCACUUGCAACUGCUGAAGAAGUUUCAAAUCUACGGAUUACUAAUGAAGCAUCUUCUCUUCUGAAAUGGAAAUCUAGCCUUGAUAAACAAAGCCAAUCAUUUCUUUCUUCAUGGGUUGGAAGCAACCCAUGCUAUGAUUGGAUAGGAAUUGGUUGUAGUAACACUACAACAGAUGGAGAAAAUGUUGUAACAAGCAUCCGACUAUCGAAUUCAAGCUUAAGAGGUACACUUGGUGAUCUUGAUUCUUUAUCUUUACGUAAUCUUGAAUCCUUGGAUCUUUCACUUAACUCGCUCUCGGGCAUCAUUCCUCAAAGAAUUGGGAAUCUGAAUUCUGUUAAAUUCCUUAAUCUUUCUUGUAAUCAACUUACUGGACUCAUUCCUUCCUCUAUAGGAAAUUUAACCAAUCUCCACUAUCUUUAUCUGGAUAACAAUACUCUUUCUGGGUCCAUCCCAUCUGAACUUGGCCGGGCUCGGGAUCUCAUAGAUCUCACGCUUAGCAAAAACCUGUUAAAUGGUACCAUUCCAUUUUCGUUCAUAAACUUUAGUAGGAUAGAAAGGAUAGAAAUCAAUGAUAACAAUAUAUCCGGCUCGAUUCCUGAAUAUUUUGCAAACUAUACUCAUCUUGAACGGUUGAACUUGGGUAAGAACAAUUUUAGUGGUGUCAUACCAUCUGAACUUGGAAAGAGAUCAGCCCUUGUUCACUUGAAAUUGUUCAUGAAUAAUCUUAUAGGUCCCAUUCCUAGGGAUAUGAAUCUAACCAAGAUGGAAGUGUUUGCAGUAAGUAGAAACAUGCUCUCUGGUCAGUUACCACACAAUAUAUGUGUUUCUGGACGACUUACACAAUUAUGCGCGUGCUACAAUCGCUUCUCAGGGUCUGUACCGAAAAGCGUAAAAAACUGUAGCAGCUUGGUUAGAGUUCGCCUUCAAAAUAACCAACUGACUGGAAACAUUUCUGAUGAUUUUGGGAUAUACCAGGAGUUGGAUUAUAUAAAUUUGAGCUACAACAAAUUGUAUGGUGAGGUGUCUAGUAAUUGGGGUUUUUGUCCUAAGUUAACUAGCUUACAGAUAUCAAACAACAAUCUGUCAGGAAAAUUACCAAUAGAGCUAGGAAGAGCAACAGGAUUAGGCGAGCUUUAUCUCUCAUCAAAUCAUUUAGUUGGUAAAAUCCCAAAAAGCCUUGAAAGAUUAAGUUCAUUGAUGAAGUUGUACUUGGACGAUAAUUCGUUAUCAGGUACAAUUCCUUCGGAAUUGGGAAGUUUGGACAACUUGGAAGUCCUUAACUUGGCAAAAAAUUCUUUUACUGGCCUGAUCCAAGAAAAGCUAGGAGAGUGCUUAAAGUUAAGGAGUUUGAAUCUAAGCGGUAAUAGAUUUGAGGGAGUUAUUCCUGUACAUCUUUCCAAGUUGGACAAGUUAGAAUUUCUUGAUCUUAGUGAAAAUAGUUUGAUUGGGUAUCUACCACCACAACUUGGAGGUCUAAAGGCACUAGAAACAAUGAACCUCUCCCACAAUAGCCUCAUAGGCUCAAUUCCAGCAACUUUUAUUCAGAUGUUAAGCUUAACCACAGUUGAUAUAUCUUUCAACCAGCUAGAGGGCCCACUUCCAAGUAUGCGCGCAUUCGAAGAGGCUCCAAUGGAGGCACUUAGGAAUAACAAGCUGUUAUGUGGAUACAACACAGGGUUGGACUGUCGAGUGGAACGAAGAAAUCAAGAUAAUGAAAACAAGUUUCUGAAGGUGAUGCUUACAAUAGUAGUUCCAUCUUUGGGAUGCAUGUUGCUGUUGGUUGUCAUUAUAUCUAGCAUAUUCUUUUAUCUCCAUAAAAGAAAUCCAAAUGGUACUAGUAGGCCACAAGAGAUAGAAGCAAAGCCUUUUACAAUCUGGAGCUAUGAUGGGAAAAUGGUCUAUGAGAACAUCAUUAAUGCAAUAGAUGACUUUGACCCCAAGCAUAUUGUUGGGGUUGGUGGAUUUGGAACUGUUUAUAAAGCAGAGUUGUUAUCAGAAGUAUUUGCUGUGAAAAAAUUCCAUGCAUCAGAAGAUGACAAGAUGCAUAAUUUCAAGAGUUUUGAAGCCGAGAUACGAACAUUGACCGAAAUACGUCAUCAAAACAUUGUAAAGCUAUAUGGAUUUUGUUUACAUCCACGACACUCGUUUUUGGUAUAUGAGUUCUUGGUAGGAGGAAGCUUAAGGAUGGUACUCAAUGACAUGAAACGCGCUGUUGAAUUUGAUUGGGAAAAACGGUUGAUGGUUGUUAAUGGCGUUGCAAAUGCAUUGUCUUAUAUGCACCAUGAUUGUUCACAACCGAUUAUCCACAGGGACUUGUCAAGCAACAAUGUUUUACUGGAUUCCGACUGGGUUGCUCAUGUAUCUGAUUUUGGCACAGCAAGGGUAUUAGAUCAAGACUCAUCAAACUGGACUUCAUUUGCCGGAACAGUUGGUUAUGUUGCUCCAGAACUAGCAUAUACAAUGGAAGUGAGUGAGAAAUGUGAUGUUUACAGCUUUGGGGUACUAGCACUAGAAGUUAUAAUGGGUAAGCAUCCAGGAGAUUUUCUCACGGUCUCACCUGACAUGAAAGGCACAUCUUUUAUUGAAAUUUUAGACCAACGCUUACCUUCACCGUCGGAACAAUUAGCUAAACAAUUGGAAUUACUCGUUGAGGUUGCACUCUCAUGCCUACAAAAGAAUCCUCACUCUAGGCCAUCAAUGCGGGAAGUUUCUCUUGGCUUGUCAGUCUAGACUGGUGCUGCUAAAAGGAUCUCCUGAACCUUGGAGAAGAUUGUUUUCUUGAGAUAUUGAUAACUACAUAUCUACUUAUGUUUUAGAUGAUGAUUUACAAUAAACUAAAUCUACUUAUUGUUACUACAUAUAUAUAGUUAUAUUUUAGAUGAUGACAGUAAACUACAUAUCAACUUAUGUUAUAGAUGAUUUGAUGCAA